AGUCCUGCCCCCCCCUAGGCCCCGCCCUGCAGGGUGGGGGGCUCAGGAAACCUUCCGCCCAGGUUCUCACGCACCUCAAAGAACUCGUGAUCCCGCGGGAAGCGCACGGGGCGCGGUGUGAACCGGAAGGGCGCCGCCCCAGCUGCAGGGCUCCGCUCCACCGGCAGCGGUUCGGCUGCCCCGGGCGUCCCGGCCAGGCGGGAAUAGAGCGCAGGGGGAAGCAACAUCUCCACGGCCGCCGCAGCCCUUCGGCCACCGUCGGCGGGGCGGUGACGGACGUGACGUCUAUUAACUUCCUGUGGCAACCCUGCGGGGCGGAACGCGGCGCGCGGAGGAGAAUAUUGCUAUGUUGGUGUCUCAGAGCUAAACUAUGAGUGAAUUUCGGAUUCACCAUGAUGUCAAUGAGCUGCUCAGCCUGCUACGCAUCCAUGGUGGGGACGGGGCUGAGGUCUACAUUGACCUGCUGCAGAAGAACCGGACACCAUAUGUUACAACCACAGUCUCUGCCCACAGUGCCAAGGUUAAAAUUGCAGAAUUUUCUCGUACUCCUGAGGACUUUUUAAAGAAGUAUGAUGAACUGAAGUCUAAAAAUACAAGAAACCUUGACCCACUGGUAUACCUGCUAUCAAAGCUCACAGAAGACAAAGAGACACUGCAAUAUUUGCAACAGAAUGCAAAGGAAAGAGCUGAGCUUGCAGCUAAUGCUGCCAUCAGCAGCACCACCAGCUUCAACAUCCCUGUUACAGCCUCUAAGAUGUCCACACAGGAGCUAGAAGAACUGAGGAAGCAGCUUGGCAGUGUGGCCACAGGCUCUACACUGCAGCAGUCUCUGGAACUUACAAGAAAGAUGCUUCGAGACAAACAGAACAAAAAAAAUUCAGGCCAGCCCCUCCCGGUCUUCCCAGCGUGGGUAUAUGAGAGGCCAACACUGGCUGGAGAUUUCCUGAUUGGUUCGGGCUUAAGCUCAGACACAGCUUUGCCUAUAGGUACACUGCCCUUGGCCUCCCAGGAAUCAGCAGUGGUGGAAGAUCUGCUCUAUGUGCUUGUGGGUGUGGAUGGCAGGUACAUCACUGCUCAGCCCUUGGCUGGGAGGCAGAACCGUACCUUCCUUGUGGACCCCAACCUGGACCUGUCCAUCCGGGAGCUAGUAAAUAGAAUCCUCCCUGUGGCUGCCAGCUACUCUACUGUAACCAGGUUCAUUGAGGAGAAGUCUUCAUUUGAAUAUGGCCAGGUGAACCAUGCCUUGGCUGCUGCCAUGAGGACCCUGGUAAAGGAAUACCUGAUCCUGGUCACACAACUGGAACAGCUGCACAGGCAGGGCCUCCUGUCACUGCAGAAGCUCUGGUUCUACAUCCAGCCAGCCAUGCGAACCAUUGACAUCCUUGCCUCUCUUGCCACCUCAGUGGAUAAAGGCGAGUGUGUGGGCGGGUCAACGCUGAGCCUUCUCCAUGAUAGGAGCUUCAACUACACAGGGGACAGCCAGGCGCAAGAGCUUUGCCUCUAUCUGACCAAGGCGGCCAGUGCGCCCUACUUUGAGAUCCUGGAGAAGUGGAUCUACAGGGGCAUCAUUCAUGACCCAUACAGUGAGUUCAUGGUGGAGGAGCAUGAGCUGCGGAAGGAGAAGAUCCAGGAGGACUACAAUGACAAGUACUGGGACCAGCGCUACACUGUGCUGCCGCAGCAGAUCCCAUCCUUCCUGCAGAAGGUGGCAGGCAAGAUCCUCAGCACAGGAAAAUAUCUAAAUGUGGUCAGAGAAUGUGGUCAUGAUGUCACCUGUCCUGUAGCCAAAGAGAUCAUCUACACACUCAAAGAGCGGGCAUAUGUGGAACAGAUUGAGAAGGCGUUCAACUAUGCCAGCAAGGUGCUGCUGGACUUCCUCAUGGAGGAGAAGGAGCUGGUGGCCCACCUGAGGUCCAUCAAGCGCUACUUCCUGAUGGACCAGGGGGACUUCUUUGUGCACUUCAUGGACCUUACUGAGGAGGAGCUCAGGAAGCCAGUAGAGGACAUCACACCCACACGCCUGGAGGCUCUGUUGGAGCUGGCCCUGCGAAUGAGCACUGCCAACACUGACCCCUUCAAAGAUGACCUCAAGAUUGACCUGAUGCCUCAUGACCUCAUCACUCAGCUUUUGCGGGUUCUGGCCAUCGAGACCAAGCAGGAGAAGGCAAUGACUCAUGCUGACCCCACGGAGCUCACACUGAGUGGUCUGGAGGCCUUCUCCUUUGACUACAUGGUCAAGUGGCCCCUGUCCCUGAUUAUCAAUAGGAAGGCGCUCACCCGCUACCAGAUGCUCUUCCGGCACAUGUUCUACUGCAAGCACGUGGAGCGGCAGCUCUGCAGUGUCUGGAUCAGCAACAAGACCGCCAAGCAGUACGCGUUGCACUCUGCAAAGUGGUUUGCUGGUGCUUUCACUUUGCGGCAGCGAAUGCUCAACUUUGUCCAGAAUAUUCAGUACUAUAUGAUGUUUGAAGUGAUGGAACCAACCUGGCACAUCCUUGAAAAAAACCUGAAAUCUGCUUCCAACAUUGAUGACGUCCUUGGCCACCACACAAGUUUCCUUGACAACUGCCUGAAGGACUGCAUGCUGACCAACCCUGAGCUGCUGAAGGUUUUUUCCAAGCUCAUGUCUGUGUGCGUCAUGUUUACCAAUUGUAUGCAGAAAUUUACACAGAGCAUGAAACUGGACAGUGAGCUAGGCCGGCUGACACUGGAGCAGGGUAGUGUGCAGGGGCCACCCACAGAGACUGAACGGAUUGAAGAUCGCCCCCGGAAAGAGCCUGCCAGGAAGCACCUGUCCGAGCAUGUGGAUACUCCUCAGCUGGUCCCUGGUUUGGAGGCCACCAUCAAUAACUUUGACAAAAACUUUUCUGCCCAUCUUCUUGAUUUGCUGGCCCGACUAAGUGUCUACAGCACCAGUGACUGUGAACAUGGCAUGGCCAGUGUCAUCUCCAGGCUGGAUUUCAAUGGUUUCUAUGCCGAACGCCUGGAACGUCUGUCUGCAGAGAGGAGUCAGAAGGCUGCCCCCCAAGUGCCUGUCCCAAGGGGGCCCCCAGCACCAACACCCAGGGUGGCCAUCCCUGCACAAUGAGCUCCCUUUUAAAUAUCUUCCUGGAACGUGGGUGUUGUGUAUCAUUACUGUUUAAAUGUGGUUGGAGUUUC